AUGCGCCCUCUUGAUAACCAUUUCUCUGCUAUCUACAUAUCACAGAUCACCCCAAACAUUACCACGCACUACAACGACCCCGACCACGCACUAUGGCAUCGGAUUUUCGUUUUCGAAGCAGCCGUCGUUACCAGACUCCUGGACCCCAGGAGUCUGUCAACCCGGAUGUACGCAAAUACUUUGACACUAUUGUAUCCGACGAUGCUCCGGAAUGGCAGUCCAAGCCAGAUUCCUUCUGCCGAAGAAGUUCUUGGGAAAGACACACCAGAUGACUUUGUGAUUCUUAAUCCAAACAUUGUUGAUGGACCUUGGCCCUCCAAAGAAACAUACCUGGAAGCCCAUUAUAAUUUGCUGCAGGAAGACUCGGUCGCCCCGCUACGGGAUGCCGUUGCUAUGGUCCGGAACGAUCCUUUGAGGAGCGACACCAAAGACUUAUCUGUUUACGAAAGCGUCUAUGUUAUUGGGAUCACAUUAGCGCGCCCUGGUUUGGCAUUGCGUCUCCGUUUCUCAACUCGUCGUGCGGGCAAGAACAUUGCCUGGACGUACUCCGACCGUCUUAGACCGGGAUCGCUUAUUGCUCUUAGCCCAGUAUCAAAUGGGGUUAGCAGCAAAUGUGUGUUUGCUAUUGUUGCUUCGAGACUGCUUGAUAACGUCACGAAGGACCCUCCCGAGGUUGACAUUUACCUGGCUUCGUAUAACGAUAUCGACCUCGAUCCCCAGAAAGAAUGGAUCAUGGUGGAGGCCCGAAUGGGAUAUUACGAGGCCAACAGACACACAAUGACCGCACUUCAAAAGCUUAAUACGGAAAGUUUCCCGCUGAAUGAACAUAUUUGCACUUUAGAUCCUGAGAUCGGUACCCCGGGCUACAUUCAAUCCCAACCAAAUAUGAGCUUUCGGUCAUUGUCACAGGUACCUGGUCAGGAGAAUAUCCAUGAUAUACUCCAGCAAUGGCCAUCCUUGCCAAUGGGAAAACUUGAUAAGUCCCAAUGGUCAGCUCUGAGAGAGAUGGUCACCAAAAAGCUAGCCAUUACUCAGGGUCCGCCUGGAACAGGCAAAACGUUCACCUCUAUCGCUGCUCUCAAGUUCAUGCUUGCAAACAAACGCCCGAAAGACCCGCCUAUUGUCAUUGCCGCACAAACCAAUCAUGCUCUCGACCAGCUCAUCAAACAGAUAGCGGAGUUCGAACCGAACUACAUCCGAGUAGGCACAAGAAGCGCUGACUUUGAUAUUCAUAAGCGCACCAUCUUUGAGAUGAGGCGUGACAAUAUUGUGCCGCGGGUCAUAGGUGGACUACUUGAAAGUGGAUGGAAGCAACACAACAACCUUACGAAAGGUAUGCAGGAGGUUCUGAGCCCACUUACUCCGGCUAAAUCACAAAAGCCACUGAGUGCAGCCUUGCUUGUGGAAUAUGGAAUUCUCAGAGAAGACCAAGCCGAGUCACUGAGCAAGACUGCCAAAGAGUGGGAGCAGGGAGGAGACACUACCCUCGACCCUUUCCACGCCUGGCUUGGCACCACGGUGACGAAGUUCCGGUAUCGCUACACGUGUAACUUCGGUUUUGAGGAUGACGACUACGACCUAGAAUACGAGCAGCUAAAAGAAAUUGAGAUGGAGAACAAUCGCCAUGAAGAAGAUUGGGCCGCCCUGAAGGACCCUUUCGUCUCAUUCGUGCCAGGGUUUUGCGUCCCAAGACGUUACCGCGGCAUCAUCUAUGACCACUUUCGCAAGCAGCUGGUUGCAAGUGUGGUGAACAAAAUAUCUUGCUUUCGCAAGGAAUACGAGGAAUGCACCCGAAAGUUCAAGAUUGGGAAGUGUGAGCGAGACCACCCACCUCUACGAGAUGCAAAUAUUAUCGGGCUCACCACCACUGGGCUGAGCAAAUACCGAGGAACCAUUGCGAGCGUGAAUCCCCGUGUCAUCCUCAUCGAGGAGGCGGCAGAGGUCCUCGAGGCUCCUAUCGCAGUUGCCUAUCUACCAUCUCUUCAGCAUUUGAUUCUUGUGGGCGAUCACAGGCAGCUCAGAGGCCAUUGUGCUGUGGGCGACCUAGCCUUGGAGCCUUUCAAUCUUGAAGUCUCUAUGUUUGAGCGUCUGGUUGAGAAUGGAAUUGAUUUUACCCUGCUUCAACAGCAGAGACGAAUGAUUACAGAGAUCAGAAAGCUUGUGGCCCCUCUUUAUGGAUCAUCUCUUCUUGAUCAUCCCAAUGAUAGUUUGUCAUCGUAUGUGAAUGAGUUUGAGGCGUCGAUGGUCAUCGGACUCCUUGGAUACCUACUGAGAAGUGGAGUUCCAUCCACUGACAUCACAAUCUUGACAUUCUACCAAGGCCAGCGGAAGUUGAUCAAAAGAAAGCAAAACAAAAAUAUCCACACUGCACAAUACCACGUGGAGAUUGCAACGGUUGACUCUUACCAAGGCGAGGAGAACCAUAUAAUCCUUCUCUCACUGGUUAGAAGCAACGAACAUCGGGGAAUCGGCUUUCUCCAACAAAUAAACGGAGCCUGCGUUGCCUUGUCUCGCGCCAAAUCCGGUCUUUUCAUCUUCGGAAAUGCUAAUUGUAUCAGAAAACGAAGCGAAUUCUGGGAUGAAGUUGUUGACCAAAUGCAUAUGUCUGUGCCACGCCGCCUAGGGCAUGCUCUGCCUUUACUUUGUGAACGGCAUAAUAUGCGAACGCUAAUCAAAGUCGUCGAAGACUGGGACAAAAUCGAUGUCGGCUGCAAUCAGCCUUGCAGAGACAAUCUGCCAUGUGGACACCCAUGUCCCUCGAAAUGCCACGGACCCGAGCACGACUGGGUUUCCUGCCAGGAGCCUUGCGAGAUGAUCCGUGCUUGCUGCAUGGACCGCUGCAUUCACUGGUGUACUCAUCCACACAUUCACGAAUGUCCGUGCACUUUGGCUGGUGAACCAAAUGAAACCGGUCAGAUUCGCUAUGAAGAUCACCGGUCCCCGAAAAAGUCUGAAACCGAUAACGGCGAAUCCGCAACUGCCACUUCCUUCUUAAGCCGCACGCUUCCUCGUUCUCCUUCUCCCAUGGAUAUUCUCACAUCUGAGCAGCAUGAGGCGGGUCUGAAACGAUGGCGAGAUUUUGCGCAGUUUGGCGCCAUCCAGGAUGACUAUAAACGGGCCGGAAAACAACUGCCGGAGCGUCUUCGUCGUGCUGUUGCCCGACAACCUGCUCCUGCAAAUGAACAAGAGAAGCCUCGUUUAUCCCAUGACAAGGACUGGUUGCUCCUUGAUGACUUUGAGGCGGAGGUCUCUCAGCCGACUGGCGUUGCGACUACCAAGAGUGAUGACAAGAAGCAGUUUGACCCAGAGAAACCAUUGAUUGAGUUUGACUAG